UCUGCUGGUCUGAAACAUGCAGUGUGCUGCAACGACUGCACAUGUAACAUGACUCCUGCAACAUACAUGUGCGACUUUUGUGAAACAGCACACUUGUGUUGCAUUAACCUGCUAAAAACACAGGAUGAGAUCAGGUGAGAGACUUUGCUGCUCUCAGUCGCACGUUUGUCACGUGAAACGCUGCUGGUUGGCCAACAAUUAAAAUCAGACGUGUACUUCCGCAUUGAGGAACUCCCACGUGUGUUGGAAGUACGGAUGUUGUGUGUGUGUGUGUUUGUGUGUUGAGCAGCAGCUCGAUCUAAGCUGGCUGGUAUUUAAAAGAGUGAUCGUAGUUUAGGAUUAUUAAACAUGGCUCCUGUGUGUGACUGUUGCUGUGAGAACAUCAACAAACUGCAGCAGCAGGUUUCUGUGAUGAGGAAAGAAAUGAAGAACCUGAGGCAGAUGUUGGACGGCGCAGCUCGGGCCCAUCGCAAACACCUGACGUCCAUUCAGUCUGCAGUGUCAAAGGUUGGAGUCAGAGAAGCAGAGAAAGACCAGACACCACCUCCACCAACAUCACCAUCACCACAGGCUGCGUUAGAACAAGGAAAUAUCCAGACGGUCCCGAUCGGUUACAUCAGUUCCUGUUUCUCAGUGAAGAACGGGACACCCAGGCAGCCCACCAUCUGUGGCCCCUCGAGGGCCGAGCUGCGCAUCCAGCAGAGUGUUUUCAAUAACCCGGAGCACGCUCUGCUCGGCCUGGAGCAGUACUCUCAUGUCUGGAUCAUUUUUCUCUUUCACAAAAAUGGACACCUGAGCUACAAAGCCAAAGUCAAGCCUCCCAGACUGAACGGUCAGAGAGUUGGUGUUUACUCCACACGCAGUCCUCAUCGACCCAACGCCUUGGGUCUAACUCUGGCAAAGCUCGAUAAAGUUGUAGGUGACACAGUACAUCUGUCAGACAUCGACAUGAUUGCAGGCACCCCAGUCCUGGACAUCAAACCCUACAUUCCAGCGUACGACUCCCCACAGACCAGGACUCACAUGGAGCCUUAUGACGUUAACACAGACGCCUCCAGUGUGGAGGAGUCAAACAUCUUAAACACCUCAGAUACAGACCCUCAGUCAGACCUGAGAGCUGAAAGAACUGAUUGUGACUUGGAGAGUCAAGUCUCAGAGGACAAUUGUGAAGCUGUUGUUCCUUCAAUAGCUUCAGCUUCAGUCAGUGCUCAGUUUUCUCUGCACCGUGUGCUGGAGGAGGCCAAAGCCUAUAUGAGCCAAGAUGGUUUCUGCCAAAGUGAGCAGCAAGUUUCAGAGUCUCCAGUAAACAAGUCUUCAGAGUCGACAGUGGACCGUCCCUGCUAUGGAGAGGAAGUCUACAGCACCAUUGCUGGCUGGAUCAGAGCACCUCCUGUUGCCAGUCUGGAGGUACGCUUCACUCCUCGUGCUGAGAGGGAGCUCGCUGAAUUCCUUCCUGCACAUGAGUCAGGACCCAAUGAAAGUGUCAGACCCAGGUUCAAGUUUCUGCGCAGUUCAGAGGAGGCAGCUGCCGCCAUCAGAGGAGUGCUGUCAGCAGACCCGAGGUCAGUCUACAGGCGCACACGCUGCAGGGACAGGCUCUUCUUCUUCACCCUGGACACGGCCGACAUCACCUGCUGGUUUGGUCAGAGCUUUGCUGAGGUUCUGCAGGUCCGACCUGUCGAGUGCCAGAAAGAAACCCAAUGAAAACGCUAGAGCUGGGUAGAGUCGCUUUUCAUGUCCGUUGAGGAACAAAGAUUAUUUCUCUGCUGAUAAAUAGAUAUUUCUAUUGACUAUCUCGUGAUAGGUUCAACAUUUUUAUAUGCAGAUUAUUCGAUUAUUUAAAGGAUUUUAUGUAUAAUUUUCUUUGUCUGCCCCUUGUGACAAAUAAACGGAUCAUGAAUGGAU